CUGUUAAACCGAGAGACACAGAGAAACUCGUUUUCUGCGUUUCAGGAUCAGCAUAUCAUUAUGAAGCAAGUGGGAAAAUAAACAAGGCCAUCACCACAUCGAGAGCUGCCUCUGGGUUGACUGGAAUUAACUCUCUUAUAUUUCCAACGGAGAUUUCAUUCAACAAGAGGAUCCUUCUUCUCCUUUUCUUUUGCUGAGGAUUACUUUUUUACACUGUAAAACUUGUUCUGGCUCGUUGUGGGAACAGACGCGCAACAGGACAAACUUUCUCCUCAUCCUCCCUCCCUGCGUAAAGGCUUCACCUUGACUGUGAGUGCGCGGAGGAGCUUCUGAAAACUUUCUCCAUGUGUGUUUGAGUUUGGCUGCUCGGACCCUUUGGAGCAUUCACCGCUUGUUGGAGGGCUGUCAACACAAUGGGACGCCUGUCUCUGCUCCUGGUUGUCACUCUGUCCCUGCUCACCUGCCAGGUCUCAUGUUCCGGAGUGUUUGAGCUGAAGCUGCAGGAGUUCCUCAACAAGAAAGGAAUAACGGGGAACGCAAACUGCUGCGCCGGAGGCUCCGCGCAUCCGCAGGGACACCAGCAGUGCGAGUGCAAGACUUUCUUUCGGAUCUGUCUGAAGCACUACCAGGCCAACGUUUCCCCCGAGCCUCCCUGCACCUACGGCGGGGCUGUGACUCCCGUGCUCGGCUCCAACUCUUUCCAGGUGCCGGAAACCAAUGCGGACAGCUUCACCAACCCGGUGCGCUUUCCCUUCGGCUUCACAUGGCCGGGGACGUUUUCACUGAUCAUUGAAGCCCUGCACACUGACUCCCUGGACGACCUGGCAACAGACAACCCAGAGCAUCUGAUCAGCAGGAUCACCACCCAGCGUCACCUCACCGUGGGAGAGGAGUGGUUCAAGGACAUGCAGACAACUGGCGGGACGGAGCUACGUUACUCCUAUCGCUUUCUGUGUGACGAGCACUACUACGGCGAUGGCUGUUCUGUCUUCUGUCGGCCCCGAGACGAUGCUUUUGGCCACUUCACCUGUGGCGAGCGUGGGGAGAUCAUAUGCAACUCUGGCUGGAAGGGACAGUACUGCACUGAACCAAUCUGUCUUCCUGGCUGUGAUGAAGAACAUGGCUUCUGUGAAAAACCAGGAGAGUGCAAGUGUCGUGUGGGCUUCAGCGGACGUUACUGUGAUGACUGUAUCCGUUACCCAGGCUGCCUCCAUGGCACCUGCCAACAGCCCUGGCAAUGUAACUGCCAGGAGGGAUGGGGUGGGCUCUUCUGCAACCAGGAUCUGAACUACUGUACGCACCAUAAGCCUUGCCUUAAUGGAGCCACCUGUACCAACACUGGCCAGGGAAGCUACACUUGCUCCUGUCUACCUGGAUUUACGGGCGCCAGCUGUGAGAUCCAGGUCAAUGAAUGUUCUGGAAACCCCUGUCGCAACGGAGGCAGCUGCACUGACAAUGACAAUGGCUACAAGUGCACAUGUCCACCUGGUUUCUAUGGCAACAACUGCGAGUUGAGUGCCAGUACCUGUGCAGAUGGGCCUUGCUUCAAUGAUGGACAUUGUGUCGACAACCCUGAGGGGGGCUACUUCUGCAAGUGCCCGUUGGGAUACGCCGGCUUCAACUGCGAGAAGAAAAUCGACCACUGCUCCUCCAACCCCUGUUUGAAUGGUGCAGAAUGUGUAGAUCUGGUGAACUCCUACCUCUGUCAGUGUCCUGAUGGAUUUUCUGGUCCUAACUGUGAGGACAGCGGCAGCAUCUCUGGACACUGUCUAUCUUUCCCCUGUCAGAACGGUGGGACGUGUCAAGAGGGAGUGAAUGGCUACACCUGUACCUGCCCUCCAGGCUAUACUGGCAAAAACUGCAGCUCCCCCAUCUCCCGCUGCUCUCACAACCCCUGCCACAAUGGAGCAACCUGCCACGAGCGCGGCGGCCGUUAUGUGUGUGCUUGUGUGCCCGGCUAUGGUGGUCACAACUGCCAGUUCCUCUUACCAGAGGUUCCCAAAGGUCAGCCGGUGGUGGACGGACCGGAUCGGCGAUAUUCUUCACCGGAAAAUGGAAAUGUUGAAGAGGAGGAGGAUGACGAUAGCGGUUUCCCUUGGACGGCUGUGUGUGCUGGUGUCUUCCUCGUUCUCGUGAUCCUGAUUGGCUGCUCAGUGAUGGUUGUUUACAUUCGCGUCAAACUGCAAGAGCGGCAAAGUCACCACAGUGACAGUGUCCACAGUGACAGCCACGAGACCAUGAACAACCUGACGACCACCAACAAUUGUCUCCGAACUGACAAGGAAGUGGGUGCUAUGAUGGCGACGUCCAUUAAAAACACCAACAAGAAGGUGGAUUACCACUCAGACCUUGCUGGGUCUCUGGGUGGUCUGAGUGGAAUCAGCGGACUCAAUGGAUCAGAGAAGAACGGCUUUAAGACUCGUUAUCCCAGUGUGGAGUACAACCUGGUGCAUGAGCUCCGGCCAGAGGAGCUGCUGCUGUGUAAAGAAGAGGAGCAUGAUGAGCUAGAGGUCAAAAGUGAAAUGCUGGAUGAGUUUGACACAGAAGAAAGAUACAGAAAGAGACAAAAAAGUGAUGCAUCAGAAAAGAAAUAUGAAGAAGAGUCAACAAGUUGCAAUGAAGCAAAGUAUCAGUCCUCCAGUGAUCUGAACUAUCACGCAGCAAGUGAUCUUAAAUACCAGUCAACCAGUGACGUCAAAUACCAGUCAACCAGUGAUGUCAAGUACCAGUCAACCAGUGACGUCAAAUACCAGUCAACCAGUGAUGUCAAGUACCCAUCAACCAGUGACGUCAUGUACCCAUCAACCAGUGACGUCAUGUACCCAUCAACCAGUGAUGCUGAAUACCACUGUCCCAGUGACAGCAGGUACCAGUGUACCACUGACACCAAAUACCAGUCUGUUUACGUCAUGUCGGACCAGAAGGAUGAAUGUAUCAUCGCUACAGAGGUAUGAUACCAGACCAGUUUCCUCUGGUUGUGGUUGGUCCACACACACCAGCCCUGAGCAGUAGAGCUCAGCUUGUCUCCAGGAGGUUCUACUCCUGCUGUUUGCUGCUGUUCCCUGGGAUUUUUCCGGAGGACUUUUGAGCCACGGUGCUGCUGAGCCAGCAGAGUAUUCAUCAAGGCCUUAGUACUUUGUAGUGCUACGGGUGAAUACAAGACAAUUUUAAACCCUUGAUGGAUGCUGACGCAGUGCUAUGGACAAAGAGCCGAAAGACAGUGCUAGCAGUUGUACAAACUUUGUACAGAAACAGUGCUGAACAUGUAGUGAUGCAGAUUGAAUGAUUGCAGCUGGAGAACUGAUGAAGAGCUCGGAGGAUUUACUGCUCGUACCAGGAUGAACUCCUCUCUGCUGGUCAACAGCGAAGUAUUGAUCUGGAUGUUGACCAAUAAUAUUGUAGUACUGUGGAGUACUGAUUGAACAGUUUUGUACCUUUGGAGUACUCAGAACUUUUGAAGUACAGUUGUAGAACUGUUAUGUGUUGUGGUUUUACAAUGCAGUGUAAAAGCUGUCAUGGAUAUUGAACAGUUCCUGUUCUGUGCAGUGCUGCAGAGUUGAGGGUGGAGUUGUAGCAACAUUAGAAGUUUUCAAACUGCAGCUGCUAAGAAUUCAUUAAUAAAAAAACUAAAUUGUAACUUAAAAAAAUUUAAAACAGCUGCACCAGCUUUACAUCUUUAACUCUGCAGCACUGACAGAGACGAUGUUGGCUGAGCUGGUUCUCAGCAGAAAUGAGGGAACUGAAGAUUCCAGUAGUGACUGCAGAUCGAUCCAACAUGGAUCCUGUUGGGCCAUACUGGCCUCUGACCCCUGAAGGUUUUAAUACACAGGGCAAUGUUUCGGGCAGAGUGACUGAGGAAACAAUUUCAGUAUUGGAGGACAAAAAAAUUAAUCAAGCAAAACAAACAAACAAAAAUUCAUUAUGAAUUUAUUUGUUAUUAUGUUCUGCUACUAAAAUUCCUGGAUACGGUGAAAGUAUUGUUUCACAACUCAAAAUAAACUAAUUUGUGAUAACUGUCUUGACCUCUGAUGAUGCUGUCUUGUUUCCAAGUGAGCUAUGAUGGACUCGUCUUAACUGCCAAGACCUCAUUGCACUAUGGAGGUGUGUGUUUAAGAGUGUAUGUGUACAGAGGAGGUGAUGUCAUUUGUGUGGUGUCAGAAGAGUACACUGCCCAAUCCCGCUCCCCUCCCCUCCACUAUUAGCCAAUUGAAGGACACCAUCACCCUGCCUGCCAUUGGUUAGGAUAAUUUGUUUUUUUAUUUUAUUUGUUAUCUAAAGAAAGACGUAUUCUUUUAAUUUAAUGAUGUAAUUAUUUGUGUUUCAUUUUGUUGUGAUGUUUUUUUGUUAAAUCUCUUAUAAUUUAAGUUGGACUGUUUUUAUUUGGCAGAUAAUGUAUGUAUGUAAGUUUGUAUGUAUGCAUGUAUGUGUUAGGCACUUGAGACCACUGUGACUGUGUUGUAUUUAAGAUAAAAGUCGUAUGUACAGAGCCUGUCAUUUUUAUUACUGGAAAACAACGCAAUAUUUUUCCAAAAUAAAAGAGGAAUGAAA